GUUUGGCGUUCCCAAAGUGUUGAUUUCCAACAAUGGCACUCAGUUCAAUGGUAAGCAGAUUCGAGCAUGGUGUGAAGACAUGAAAAUCGAGCAACACUUUGCCUCCGUUGCUCAUCCGCAAGACAAUGGUCAGGUCGAAGUAACCAAUCGAAUUAUAUUGAAUGGGCUGAAAACAAAGCUGGAAAAGGCCUCGGGGGCAUGGGUCGAUGAGUUGAGCUCGGUACUUUGGGCGUAUCGCACAACCCCGAGGUCGACAACAGGAGAAACUCCCUUCAGUUUAGCCUAUGGGAUGGAGGCGUUGCUGCUGGUCGAAAUCGAGUUAUCAUCCCAGAGGUCGAGCACAUAUGAUAGUGAGCAAAACGAGGAUUUAAUGAUGGCAGCCCUGGAUACUAUUGAGGUGCUGCGUGGAAGAGCAACAAUCAGGGUGGAGACAUACAAGCAAAGGAUGCGAGCCCUUUUCGCCAACCUCGGGCAGAAUGGCGCUACCCUUUUUGCAGUCGUCCUCGAGGAGGGCACCCUCAAGAUGCUUGGCCACCUCGUUCACGGUGGCCGACAGCAGGGAGGUAGAUUUUGGGGCCAGCGGGUCGGGCCAAGAAUGGCUGGCCCGCCCCCUUUUCCAGACCGUGUUGCCCUGGUCGGUACGAGAGUGCUUCCCCAGGGCCAGCUCGCGCCCCACACCAUCUUGACUAUCAGGCUCGACCAGAGAUUUGGUCGAGCCAACAACAAGCUGCUUGGAGGAAGAGCGGUCGACAGGAGUGUUGUCCGGGGUCUUGGCUUUGGACGAGGCAUUGGGUUCAGAAGAUUUGUCUGUGGUUUUGAAAGAAGUAGCAUCUUUAGGAUUGGGAGCUCGCUGAUUUGCUGGUCGAUGACGAGAGGGAUUUUUGCAGAGGGUUCUUCUAAGAAGGUGGCUUUGAAGUUCAGCCUUGCGGUGGCUUCGGUGGUUGAUGUUGUAGCGGUUGCUGUUGUUUUUGUGGCUAUGGCUGCGGCUGUUGUGGUUGUUUCGGCGGCGGGGGUGGAGGUGGCGUGGCCCCUAGCUGAGGCGAUCGCUGCUGUGAUGGCUUUGGUCGAGACCCAGAAGAGGCAGCCGAGGUUGAGGGUUGCUAAUGGUGAGAGGUUGAAAUGCUCGGAGUUUUACCGGAGUGUGCCGAUAAAAAUGCAAGGGGUCACUUUAAAGGCCGACUUGUAUGCACUACCUUUGGUAGGUCCGGACGUGGUUUUGGGGGUUCAAUGGUUGGAAGGAUUGGGUCCGGUUACUACGGACUAUAGAGUGGGAACAAUGGAAUCUCAUUGGGGUGAUGGAAUGGUUAAAUUAUCAACUAGAGGAAAGGAGGGAACGAAGGAG